AUGGCAAAAAUCCCCUAUGCUUCGAUUGUGGGGAGCUUGAUAUAUGCACAGAUUUACAGGAAGCCGGAUAUUAGUUUUGCAGUUGGCAUGCUUGGGUGUAAUCAAAAUAACCGAGGGAUGUCUCAUUGGAAAGUAGUAAAGAGGGUAUUGCAAUACCUACAAGAAACUAAGGAUUACCAGCUUAGCUUCAAAAGAACUAACAAUUUGGAGGUAACUGGAUACUCAAACUUUGACUUUGCUAGUUGCUCUGAUAGCAGGAAAUCUACUUCAGGUUAUAUUUUCCUGUUGGUUGGUGGAACGAUCUCAUGGAGAAGUAUGAAGCAAACAAUCACUACUUCCUGUACAAUGGAGACUGAGUUUGUGGCGUGUUUUGAGGCCACAGUGCUUGGUUUAUAG